AUGGUGGAGGAUCUCUUAAAGGCGGGACACUUGAAGCAGUACGUUCGAACAAUGCCUAAAGGUGAAGGAUCUUCCCAUGGUCGAGGCCCACGCGCCCCAGCAGCUCCUGUUAGGGCAGUAAUCAACUACAUAUACGGAGGACCCUUGGAUGACGAGUACAGCUCCAAAAGGAAAAGGCAAAGACUGCUGCGAUCAGCCACGGUUCGGGAGCACCCACAUCGAGAUGCUCUCAUCCUCACAUUAGGGGUUGGAGACUUCGAUGUGAAAAGAAUCCUGGUUGACCCAGGUAGCUCCGCGGACCUGUUGCAGGUGGCGGUCAUAAAAAAAAUGGGUUUCAUACCCUCCAGCCUAGAGAAUCUUGGAAGAACCCUGUCCGGAUUCAUUGGUUCUUCCACAACCUCACUUGGGGAUGUAACACUGCCAGUUCAAGCCGGGCCAGUCAUCCUAAACGUUCUAUUUUCUGUGGUUGAGGAUUUAUCCCCUUUCAACACCAUCUUGGGAUGCACGUGGUUGCACGGAAUGAAAGUCAUUCCAUCCACAUACCAUCAAAUGGUCAGCUUCAUCACCCAAGAUGGGUAA